AGUGGUAAACGUCCGAGACCUGCAUCACUUCGGGCUUUCCUCCCACAUUAAGCUGACAUGCCGUGAUAUAACUGGAAUACUGUUAAAAGCGGCAUUAAACCCAACUCACUCACUCACUAGUAAGCAGAAACCUGAAUGGCAACCAGGCUGUAGGGUUAGGCAAUGACACAUGAUCAUCAGUUAAAAUCCACACAAUUGUGACAUGAAACCAGAAAAUAUUAAUCACCCUAAAAACAAUUGUGCACACAGAAUAUUUUGAAUGAUAAGAACAUACCUUUCUCAUUUUUUUUUUAUUGCCAGAUAAGUUGAUGAGUCAGCUUUUAAAAUUUUCAAGUUUCAUACAAGAAAUGUUUCUAGGAAGGCAUGAAACAUGAACACAACACCAAGUUUAAGAACAAAGAUGGUAGUGGCAUCUUGUGCAGUAUCGUAUCGCCUGUUUCUGACUGUUUGAUGUUCUAUAUCUUGUGAGGUAUUACACUUACCAUUUUGUGAAGUUUGUUUCAGAUUCGGAGUUUAUUUAAUGUUCAUUUGUUAGGCUAAAAAAAAUACUAGUCUUGGUUCUCAGGCACCGACCGCAUCAUCAUAACGUUUGCCGCACGUUUCCUUUUUAUUACCUUUUUUUUUUUUUAAAUCCUUAAAUAUUCCAAGUCCAACAGUAAUCAAAUACUGUAUUCCAGUAUUUUACUCAUAAAGGAAUACAUUUAUUUAGGGAGGCCCUUUCCCAGGUUGAUUGUACUCAAUUGUUUAUUGAUUACACAACUGUUUAUUGGUUACAUACUAGUUUGAACAAACGAAAAAAGAUCCCGCCCGCUCGCACUAUAUUUUCAAAAACCAUUGCCUGAGAACCAAUUCUUUUAUUUUUUUAAGCCUUAUGAAUGUAGAUGUAUUGUCAAUGAACAAAAGACGUUAGAAGUCACGAUUAUCUUGAGGGAUAUAUUUAUGUCAUUGUGUGCUCUUCAUUGCACCAAAUUAUCCCCCAAAAUAUUGAUGAUCCCUAACUUGUUUUGUUCAGUAUAUAAAGUUAAAACAAAUGAUUUAAGAAAAAAUCAAAUGUCAUUGUGAUGUAUGAACAAGUUAUUUUGUUUUGUCAUGUGUAAAACAUAUUUAUGGAUGUCGGUUUUGAUCUGCUUCAAAUCAACACAGGACUCGUAUCUCAUGACAGUAGAUAUUAUUAGCAAUUGUUAUGUAAUUUUAAAACUAUAAAUCUUUCGGAAAAUAUCAUAAAAUUUGAAAUUUGUGUGCAGCUCAUUUCUACAACGGUUUAUAGAAUGUUCUAAUUGAUGUAGGAAGGAAUCAGGAUUGUUCCACAGAUUCAUGGUCUUCUAAAACUUUCGUAGUCAGUAAGUUUCAUAUUUUCGUACCUAUUGGCUUCAGAGUCAGUACUGUGUCUGAGUGGAGUAUCCAUAUUUCACCUCAUGAGGAGGGUAAGAAAAACAUUACCUGUCAUCUUUUCUCUGGGAUUAGACUCAUUUGUGAAAUAAAUCAUGUAAAUAUUAAUCUCAACCGUUUGAAAGAUGUCCCCAUUCAGAUUAGUUGUUUUUUCUUCAAAUCUAACUUUAAUCUAAUAAUUUUGUUAUUAUUUUGAAACCAUGGUAACCCAAUAAAGUGAGGUGGAGGUAUGACAUAAUUUCUCAACAGCUUUUAUCUGCUGCAUAAUGUAACCGUAACAUUCUGUAAAGGCAGACACUGGGUCCCUUGGCUGCGGGAAUCUGCCCAGAAUCACCCGACUUUGAACCUUAGUUAGUGAUCAUCAAACCUCCAUUUCAGUGCUGAAGUGUAGUCACUGCCUAUAAAUGAAGUAUGAGUGGUGACUGUCAGAAUCCUCCAGCCACACACUCUACUCUACCUUCCUUACAUGAGUAUGAUCAUGCACCCCAUCAGUAUGAAGCCUGCCAACAGCGGAACCUUAACUGCUCUAGUGUAUGAUCACACCCCAUCACUACCCUGGCUGUACUGGUGUACAAUCACACCCCAUCACUACCCUGGCUCUACUGGUGUACAAUCACACCCCAUCACCACCCUGGCUCUACUGGUGUACAAUCACACCCCAUCACUACCCUGGCUGUAGUGGUGUACGAUCACAGCCCAUCACUACCCUGGCUGUAGUGGGGUACGAUUACAGCCCAUCACUACCCUGGCUGUAGUGGUGUACAAUCACACCCCAUCACUACCCUGGCUGCACUGGUGUACAAUCACACCCCAUCACUACCCUGGCUGCACUGGUGUACAAUCACACCCCAUCAAUACCCUGGCUGUACUGGUGUACAAUCACACCCUAUCAAACCCUGGCUGUACUGGUGUACAAUCACACCCCAUCAAUACCCUGGCUGUACUGGUGUACAAUCACACUCCCAUCACUACCCUGGCUCUACUGGUGUACAAUCACACCCCAUCAAUACCCUGGCUGUACUGGUGUACAAUCACACUCCCAUCACUACCCUGGCUGUACUGGUGUACAAUCACAUUCCCAUCAAACCCUGGAUGUACUGGUGUACAAUCACACCCCAUCAAUACCCUAGCUCUACUGGUGUACAAUCACACCCCAUCAAUACCCUGGCUGUACUGGUGUACAAUCACAUCCCAUCAAACCCUGGCUGUACUGGUGUACAAUCACACUCCCAUCAAUACCCUGGCUGUACUGGUGUACAAUCACACCCCAUCAAUACCCUGGCUGUACUGGUGUACAAUCACACCCCAUCACUACCCUGGCUCUACUGGUGUACGAUCACAGCCCAUCACUACUCUGGCUGUACUGGUGUACAAUCACACCCCAUCACUACCCUGGCUCUACUGGUGUACAAUCACACUCCCAUCACUACCCUGGCUCUACUGGUGUACGAUCACACUCCCAUCAGUACCCUGGUGUACGAUCACAUCUCAUCACUACCCUGGCUGCACUGGUGUACAAUCGCACCCCAUCAAUACCCUGGCUCCACUAGUGUACAAUCACACUCCCAUCACUACCCUGGCUCCACUGGUGUACGAUCACACUCCCAUCACUACCCUGGCUGUUCUGGUGUACAAUCACACCCCAUCACUACCCUGGCUCUACUGGUGUACAAUCACACUCCCAUCACUACCCUGGCUCUACUGGUGUACGAUCACACUCCCAUCACUACCCUGGCUGUUCUGGUGUACAAUCACACCCCAUCAAUACCCUCUGGCUGCAGUGGUGUACGAUCACACCCCAUCAAUACCCUGGCUCUACUGGUGUACAAUCACACCCUGGCUGUCCUAGUGUACGAUCACGCCCCAUCACUACCCUGGCUGCACUGGUGUACAAUCACACCCCAUCACUACCCUGGCUGUACUGGUGUACAAUCACACCCCAUCACUACCCUGGCUGUUCUGGUGUACGAUCACGCCCCAUCACUACCCAGGCUCUCCUAGUGUACAAUCACGCCCCAUCACUACCCAGAUGCAUUGGUGUCCGAUCACACCCCAUCACUAAGAAGCUGCACUAAGCCUAAAGCAGGUAUUGAUAUCUCUUACCCAUGUAGUAACAGGGAAACUAUCACAAAUAAUCAAUACUUUCCAGGAUACUUUAAACCUUUGCUUCGGGAAAUGACCUGCCGACACUGCAGGACAUCUACUCACCAUAUGUGUAAUCGCCUCACUUAUCAUCCCUAUGAUAUGCUCCCAUGUUGAUUUGUAUAGAACACAUUUGUAAAUUUGACAGUAUCGAGUCCCAGAUACCAUCUACACCUGACCAGACAUGUAUAUUAAGUAGUGCUCUUUUGUUGUUUGUUCUUGAAAGUGUAAAUAUAUUUGGCUGUUUGUACAGUUUCAGAAAUUAGCAGAUGUUAUUGAUUGUAACAUUGUGAUUAUAUUGUUAUGUACAUUGACAAUCACAAUUAUGAACAUGUUGAUUAGGUGAAUGUAGCCAAAUUAUUGCUUACACCAUGUCUUUAGAUUUGUGCAACGUACAGUUUCUCUUCAGUCAAGCACUUUUACUUGCUGAUGUUAGCAGUGAUAAUUGAGUUGCCUUCAGAUGAACUACUGACAACUGCAAGAUUAAAGGAGUUUUUGCCAGUGAAUGAGGCUGAAUCGAAAAACACAAAUCAGUAUGUCUAUACCGAGACUCCAGCAGAGAGGCUGGCUCCCCUUUACUGUAUUAUCAGGAGGGGGCACGAUUGGCCCAGUCAUCGAAGGUGACGUGAUAUUUUGUGAGUUGCAUCCCUUGGAUGUUCCAGGGUGCCAUUGUACAAAUUUAUCUUAGCGCUAAGGUGAUCGAACAUACCUUAACAUAGAUUUACGACAGUCGUAACGCUAAGGUUGUUUUGUACAAUGGCACCCAAAAACCUAUGGGUUCAAACCCUGUUUUUGUCUCUAGGUUUGUCAGCACCGCCCUAUUCUCACAUAAUUACAGGCUUUUCUCGAACUGACGUAACUGAAAUAUGUUCAAAGCAGUGUUGAACUUGCUCGCUCGCUCUGAGGAUUAAUGGCCACAUCAGCUGCUUCAAUAUAUGACUGGCCUAGAAUUCCCUGGUUGCAAUAUUAUCACUGAUUAUCACCACAGGUGCUAAAUGAAAUGUAGCCACAAAAAGGGUAUAAGCCAAUAGGUGGCUCUGAUUCCCAAAUAUAUACCCAAGAGUCUCCCACUAUUCUCAAUGAGACAAAAUUUUAUUAAAAGUAUUGAUAUACCUCCGAUUACAUAUUUGCUUAGGAAGCCUGAGUCAUAAGAAGUGAUAGAUAAACAUACCUCACACCUAACCCUGAAGACUGUAAUGUGGAGCUAACAUGAAAAAUCCAAGACUUUGUUCAAGAGCUACAUACCGAACAAAAACAAACAAAAAACGUUAAGGAUCAUGAAAUAUCAAAUGUUCUCAGUCUUUGCUACAAAAACAAUUCCCGAAAACUAUUCAUGAUUCCUUAUUCUUUUCGGAAUCGGAGGUGGCUAUUUGUAUCAGACGAUCCACUGGGUACAUUCUUCUGGUACUUGUGCCGGUAAUGACCCCAACAUCAACAUCAUCUGGUGGUGUUCAUGACACCCGCUGCUGGUGGUCAUGAUGUUCCAGGCCCGUGUCAAAUUUAGGAAGAAACAUUCUACAGAACAAGAAUCUAUUCUCUAAGUAUUGACCAAGUAAUGAGGUAUUUUGCUUUUGGUUGGCCGUUUACUAGAAAGAGAAAAAAAAACACAAACUGGUUUGUAAUUGGUUUUAUCAGACCACUGUCACUUGCAUUUAAAUGGUUUAUUUAAUCGACAAUGUUAUGCCAUAUUUUGUGGGGGUUUUCCCCGCACACAGUAACUUAUUUGACAAUUAGUAGAACGUACUUUAAAGAAUCCAUUUGCAUAGACAUAUUUGAUAGGUUAUUUUGAAUAUUUUUUAAGUUAUUAUUUAUCAUGCGUUGACUCAAUAGAAACUGGUAGAAAAGAGGCAAAAUCAUAAUGGUAUUUCAACUAUCCCUUUAAGAAAGAAAAGCGAAAAAAACUAUACUUUUAUCCCUGGACGCAAAGUACAUUUUUUUAUCUUUCACCAUUUUAAGCCUGAAUACUAACACAACAUGGAUUUUUAGCGAAUGUAAUGCCCAGCAUAAUCAAAUUAUGAGAUCUAAAAUUGGAAUCUCAUCCAAUCCCUUAUCAGGAAUUUUGCUGAAAUGUUUUUGAAACAAGCAACCACUUAUUUUGAAACGCCCCCAUCUUUUCUGUUGUACCAGACGUUUCGUUUCAGCUGGGAACGAGGACAUGUAUAAUUUGUGAAGCUACAGAAUGGCUCCUGUGCAGGAGAACACUGCAUGUAUAUACCGUGACUUUGUACCUUGUAUGUAUGUGAGUAGCCAGUCGACACCAUCGUCAAACUUGAGUGCCUGUCACCUUUAUGUCAGUGAUUGUAUUGUAGACAUGUCCAGUCAAAAUGCAAUAAAUCUCUUCAAUAGAA